UGUUCUCAGUGUCUAUAUUUCAAAUCUAACGAUAACGUUGGAUCGUAUCAACGGUUUUGAACUUUAUAGCCGACCUUUAAAACAAUUUAUAAAUAGUGAUAUUAUUAGUUUUUCUUUUACGAAAUUAACAGUGUAGAGGUUAUAGUAGUUUUAAUAUUUUCGAAAUUUGCGUAGUGUUUCAACAAUAACCUUUCCAGUUUGAUAUUGUUUUAUCAAGAAAUAAAUUAUGGCACCUGAAAUUACGACUGAACACCCGCCAUCUUGUGAAGACGUAGCAUCUUUAGACAUUCGAGAUAAAUGCAGAGAACUAAUAUUGGAUAAUGAAAAAAUUCGCAAAUUAAUGAAAGUGUUCCUGGAAAAUGUUGAAAGAGGUCUGAAGAAAGCAACUCAUCCAACUUCUAUUGUUAAAUGUUUUCCUACAUAUGUACAAGAUCUUCCCAACGGCACAGAAAAAGGAAAAUUCUUAGCACUUGAUCUCGGAGGCACAAAUUUCAGAGUCUUGUUGAUAGAACUUAGCGGCGAACAUUUUGAAAUGAAAUCUAAAAUCUUCGCCAUACCCCAACACAUCAUGUUAGGUUCAGGAGAACAACUCUUCGACCACAUUGCUGAAUGUUUGGCUAUUUUCGUCAAAGAAGAACAAGUAGCUGAUCAAAAACUACCCCUUGGUUUCACGUUCAGUUUCCCCCUCUCUCAAACGGGUUUAACCGUCGGUUAUUUAGAAAGAUGGACCAAAGGUUUCAAUUGUUCAAACGUUGUUGGCAAUGACGUGGUUCAAAUGUUAAAUGAAGCGAUUGAUAGACGAGGGGAUGUACAAAUUGAGAUUUGUGCUAUUUUAAACGAUACUACAGGAACAUUAAUGUCCUGUGCUUGGAAAAAUCAUGCUACAAGGAUUGGGCUAAUAGUUGGUACCGGAUCUAAUGCCUGUUAUGUGGAAAAACAAAAGAACGCUGAAAUGUGGAGUGAUGUCGACAUGGGAUCUGGCAAUGUAUUAAUUAACUUGGAAUGGGGUGCAUUUGGUGACGACGGAGCCCUGGACUUUGUUAGAACUGAAUAUGACGAGGACAUCGACAGAAAUUCUGUGAAUCCUUCAAAACAAAAAUGUGAAAAAAUGAUUUCCGGCAUGUACAUGGGUGAGUUGGUUCGACUGGCUUUGGAAAGGUUCACAAAAGAAGGUUUGCUUUUUGGUGGAAAAGGUUCAGAUAUGUUAUUUGAAAGAGGUAGAUUCUACACAAAAUAUGUUUCCGAAAUUGAAAGUGAUCCCCCAGGAGUUUUUAAUAACCUGAGAGAUAUCUGUGAAGAAUUAGCGUUAAAGCAUGCUACAGAACAAGAUUUUAUAAAUAUAAGGUAUAUUUGCGAAUGCAUAUCAAGACGGUCAGCCCAUUUAGUGUCAGCAGGUUUGGCAACGUUGCUUAAUAAAAUGGACGAGAAAAAUGUCACAAUUGGUAUUGAUGGAUCAGUGUACAGAUUCCAUCCUCAUUUCCACAAUCUAAUGAUGGAGAAAAUUAAGGAAUUAGUCGACCCCAGUAUAGAGUUUGAUCUGAUGUUAUCGGAAGACGGCAGUGGACGUGGUGCUGCCUUGGUAGCAGCAGUAGCUGCCAGACUACAAAAAGAGGCUAUUCGAACAUAACACUUACCAUGAUAAGAUAAUUUUUUUAAUUAAGAUAAACUAUUCUCCGUUAAAACUCAUAGUUAAUUUGUUGGGGUUCCUAUAGACUGCAUUUGUAGAUAUUAAAAAAUAAUAAAAAAAAGGAAUCUUUAUUUUUAAACCAUACUAUGUGACUAUCAGAUUUAAUCCCGAAAUUUUGACCGACUUCUUGAAUGUUAAUUUUGGUCGGUAGCUCGGGAUUUGUUAUUUUUAUAAAACAGUCUAUUAGUUCUAGUAACCAGCACUAACCUCGCAGAAACUUUUAGUCUGAAAUGACCCUAAACUAUUAAUAAAUAAACGAAAAGAAUAAUUAAAUUUAAAAAAUGGGAUGAGCUCGAUAAAUUUUAAAUGGGUAAAAAUAAAGCUAGUAAAAAAAUUAUUAGUUUUCUCUAUGUUGAUCCUUAUAGGAUAGAUACACUACUUUUGUUUAAGAAAUAACGUUGUUAAUUUUUAAGAAUAAAAUGAAAUGUGUGAAACAUGCCUAAUAUUCUUUCUGAAGGCGCCAAUUAUCUACUUUCCAAAGAUAUUUAUUUUAUUAGUUUCAGUUGUAGAAUCCGGAUUUUGGUCAUAUAUUUCUAGUAUCUUUCUAGUCCUAGAAAAAUACAGAAAAAUAAUCAUAAAAAUGUAAACAACAUUCGCUGUAUAUAGACAUAGCCAUAAUUUGCCAUGGUCAGGAUAAACGUUAUCAAUAUUUUCCUUGGGAGAUCCAAAACACUAGAAGUUUGCACCGAGUCAGACACCAGGUCAAACAAAUUUGGGUUAGAGAUUGCUCACACUCUUGGCGCCGGGCUAUUUCGACAUUGAAUCCGUCUCUUAUAUUUUCUCAGUCUCCCUGGUGGUCUCCUAAAUCUUACAUAAUCUGACUGAUUAUACAGGGUGUUUCAUUGGUAAACAGACAAAACGUAACCGUGGAUAAGGGACACUAAGAUGGUUCUAAAACACCUACGGUUAAUGGGUCUCACGUCAUUAAUAACAAAGAUACAGGGUGUUUUAAGGAGUUUGCUCAUUUCUUUUGAAGUUCAUAAUUUACGAACCCCUAGUAUAUUUUUUGAAAAUUGGUUUUCUUGUUUCCCUUUUACUGCAAAAACGACUGACGUAAUAUCCAGAAUAAAAAUCCAGGUCCAUAUUAACAAAAAACUUAUAAAUUUUUGUUUUCUUCAAACAGCCACUGUAUAUCAGAAUUUUUAAAAUCCUAUUUGAUAUUUUAAAAGAAAACAAAACAUUGAAUUAAACAAUGUACUUUUUGUAGUUGCGCAUCCGAUUCUACGGGUGACAUUUUAAUCUCGAAUUUACAUUUUUUAUUAAAACCAGUUAAUAACAUUUCAAAAAGUUUAUUUUUGUUAAUAAAUUAAGAAAAUAAUUUACUGUGAUCUGUUGAAACUAAAAUAUGUCUGGCAGUACCUGUGUAUCUCAAUAAACUCAAUGUGAGUACAGCCACUGUUUUAGAACAAAAUAUUGCAUUUUCCAAAUAUUUUUAUAACAUUUUAAAUAAUUAUUUACACGAACAAAGAACAAAAAUUGCUCGAAUUUACCCCCAUGCAGUUUAGUGCUCGUUUUGUAAUGCUUCUUAUUGCCUUUCUAAUAAAGCCUCGAAUAUUUCUUAAUUCUUCGCAAGCGUUUUCUAUCCUUUGUAAAAGCUCUUCUCUACUAUUUAUUAAAUACUAGGUGGUUCGUUAGUUAUAAUUUUCGAAAGAAAUGAGACAACUCCAUAAAACACCCUGUAUAUGUGUUAGUAAAGACGUGAGACCCAUUAAUCAUAGGUUUUUUAGAACCAUCCACGGUUACCUGUUUAACUGUUUACCAAUGAAACGCCCUGUAGCAGUUCUCAUGCAAAAAAGUUGUCCGUUUGCAACUCAUUUCUUUCAACCACUUUUUAGGCCCAGUUGUCUUCGUAAAUGUCAAUUAGUCAGUACAUUGUAAUGAGGUAGAUUUUAUGUUUUCUAAUAUCUUUAUCGUUGUGUAAUUUAACUCUAUAUCUACCAUCUUAUGUGGACUCUAUUCAGUCAACCAAGAAUGCAAUAUUCCGUUAUAAAGUGUACCAAUGCGAGGGGUAAUGUUCUAAAAACUGAAGCCUUUAUCUCUUAUAUUUUAUCGUAGAGUUUGUGUAGUAUAUUAUUACUGGUUUUUAGCUUCUCCGCAAAAUGUUCAGUAAAGGGUCACUCCCCAAAUACUUUAUAUAGCUGUUAAACUUCAACUUUUGCUCUGUAUCCAUACUCUGGAUUUUUUCCUAAGGCCUUUUGAUAAAUUAUUAAGCCUUCAGGCCAGUGGUACAUAUCUCUAUGAACAUAUUAGCAAUAGUAUCUGUUAGUAAACAAUAGUGGUGCUGGCACCGAACUUUGGGGCAAAUAGCUCUUUAAACCUGUACUAUAAGCUUAUGCGUAUGAAUUAAAAAAUAAUUUCCAUACUCUACUCGUCACAUUCUGAUGAUAAAUCAAUAAAUACAGCGACAUACUUUUUUCUUUUCUGAAAUUAUUUGGACGGUUAAAGAAAGAUACUUGGUUGUUGCAUUUAAAUUCCUUUUUAUAAUUUUUUUUUUUUUUUAAAUAUGGAUAUAUCAGCUUUAUUGAAAUUUUCUGGAACAAUAACCGACUGUGAGGCUUGUAUAAGAAUCUUUGGAUAUUUAUAAACGUUCUUCAGUUUCUGAGGUUAGUGCGGUAAUUUUGUUAGUGAUAAAAUUUAUUUAUUUAGUUUUUUUGUCAUGUACAUUGUGAUUUUUAUGCAUUGCCUUUAAAAAAUACUCUUCAGACAAUAUUAAUUGUUUUUAAUCAUUUUAUGUUAGAUGUGAUCUUAUUGUGAGGCCAGAGUUUAAAAUUUUUCCGAUAAAAUAAACUGUACAAAUUGUAUCUACUUAGUUUCAUCGAUUGAAAGGAAAAUGUUUAAAUGUGGGCUCUGGUUAGCAUAAUAUAGAUUUUUUUAUAAGAUAUAUAUGUAUAUACUUUUGCUUAAUAUGAAGUACUUUUUAUCAAGAAAUGUACUUAACAUUGGAAGUUUUUAUAUGAAGGCAAUGAUUUAUUUUAUUGGAAAAAUAUAAAUAUACGCAGUGUAAAUUAUACACAG